GGAAUACCAACACCCCGCCCCCACUAAAUCUAGAGAGCUUCUGUCCAAGUCGCGCCUCCUCCACAAACAACUACACCGACCCAUAUACACCACAACAAUCAUGUCUAGAACCGUCGAGAUCAAAUCGCCUGCACAACUGAGCUCUCUGCUCUCCUCGUCGCGCGUCGUAGUAGUUAAUUUCUACAACGAAGAAAACACGUCGAGCAAAGCCAUUGCGCCUGUAUACGAACAACUAGCUGGCCAGCUUACACGGCCCGGACAGAUCACCUUCACCAAAGUCAGCACAGUGCAGCAAGCACAAAUUGCACAGAGCUAUAAUGUCACCAACACCCCGACAUUCAUCAUCUACAAGAACAACCAGCAGAUAAAGAAAUACGCCGGCUCGAAUCCCCAGCAACUUUCCGAAGCGAUCAAGACCCUCGCUGCAGAAGCAGAGAACGAUGGAAAGGGAGGCAGUAGCGCUUCCGGUGCAGGCGGAAUUACCAGCGGAAGUGGUGCUUGGAUAGGCGCCAACCUGCCGCGCGGGUACACCGAUGUAACCGACUCCGUUGACCCACGCGGCCUCGAUCUCCUCAACGCGGACAGCGAUUUCGGCACCGUCAAGACGCUUUUCGAGACAUCACAACCUAGCUCGCUCAACAAGGGCAAGGGCGCAUCGACUGGCUCAGAAGGCAAGAAGGACUGGGUAGAGAGUGAUGUGGACAACCAGCUUAUGCUGUACGUCCCCUUCAUGGCCAACUUGAAGGUCCACACAAUUCAGAUCACAUCGUGUGUGUCCGGAGACGAAGACGACGACGAGGCGCCAGUACGGCCGAAGACCAUUCACGUCUGGACAAAUCGGGCGAACAACUUGGGCUUUGAGGAGGCUGAGGACAUCCCAGCGACUCAGACGAUUGAGCUGAAGCCAUCAGAUUGGGAUGAGGCGACACAAACGGCCAAGCUCGAACUUCGGUUCGUCAAGUUCCAGAACGUCUACUCACUGGUACUUUUCGUCGCAGAUGGAGAAGGCGACAGUGAGAAGACGCGCAUCGAUCGUAUCCGCUUUGUUGGCGAGACCGGCGAGAAGCGUGAAAUCGGCAAGUUGGAGAAGAUUGGUCAGGACGACUAGACAACGUCAUAAUUGAAGUCAGUAGGGUAACAUGGCUUCGUCUUAGAGUGGGAACCGGAGUUGGAAGACGUGACGAUUAAUGCAUUACAUUCGAUCCUAGAACUAAUCUGGGGAUGUCAUGUCCAUUGGUACUACCGCCUGAUUGAGACACUAGAGUGACUUCAUGCACUGUCUUGCAUCGCAGGUUCUCAAUAAGAAUAACACAAGACGUCACGUAAGUAGUUGGAAUGUCCACGCCUCUGCCCGAGGCCUCACUCACACACAAGGAAGUGUGAGGCCUG